AUGAAUGUUGAAAACAAAACGAAUAUCCUGGAUUAUUUAAGAAACAUCAUUUAUAAUUACGUGGAAGUUGAUGACAGUACUGCAAUAUUGGUAUUAAACUAUAAAGAUGAACUCUCACCGUUACAGUCUAAGUAUAAGAAUUAUACUUCUGGAUUAAUAAGAACACUAUUGUCAAAUACACGAUCAGGAAGUGCCCAGCGCCAGUUUGGUAUUACCUUCUCGUCGUUUCUCUCAGGUGUGCUGGUGUCGGUGAUUUUCUGUGUAGUUCAAGUGCUAAUAUUUAGCAUAUUAAGGAAUCGGUUUGACUUUAUUUAUCAACCGAAUGUGAACUUAUAUGAAAGGCAUAAUAAAGUGAAUACCGAAGAAGCAGAUAACUACCAAGGAAAUGGUCCAUUAAGUGAGAAAUUAGGAAAUCAAUUGUGGUCCUGGAUCAAGCCGACAUGGUCUGCCUCAAUUGAGGAGUACAGAGAGUACGGUUUAGAUGCUUAUUUUUUCCUUCGGUUACUUAAAACCUUGUCAAUGUUUUUUUUAUUGUUAUCGAUUGUAAUCAUACCCAUCUUGAUUCCAAUUCAUUACAUAUCUGGGUAUAAAUCCGCUGACAUUGAGAAUUACAUCUCGAAAAUGGAUCUUCAUGACAAAAUUACCAACGAACAAAUGCUUAGCCAUUUGCCAUAUGGUCUGACAGGAUUGGAUAAAAUAUCCAUGUCAAAUAUUUCACCAGCUCAUAACAAUCGGUUAGCAUUUCACCUGAUAUUGGCAGUUCUUCUGAUUUGUUUUUUUCAUCAUUUGCUCCUUCAUGAAUUGAAAUACUAUGUAGCAGAGCGUAAUAAGUUGUUGACCAGUCAGUAUAAAACAAAAUCAUUCCAAAACGUCCUUUUUAUUGGAAAUAUUAGCAAAGACUUUGACAGAGAUAAAAUUGAAUAUUUCUGCGAGUCUUUAAUACCAGGAAGUGUUGAUCAGAUAGUGUCGUUACCUGAAGAUUAUAAGAUGAGAAAAAUGUUUAGAAGGGAAAUAUGUCAGUUAAUCAGCCUCAUUGAAAACACCCAAUUGGAUAUUAUUUUUAGUAAAGCAUACUACGGAAAGGAUAAGAUUUCGAGCAAUGACAAUAUACAUUACCGCAGUAAACAAGAGCUCUCUAAGAUAUUUCCAUUGUAUGAAUUUCGCUAUAUAUAUAGCAAAAGAAUUGACUUAAAACAGAAACGUAAUCCAAUAAUUUACAGUGCCAGAAGGCUUUCCUUUCUUAUCAAAGAGACUUUCAGCGGGAAUAUAUUCACAGGUUUUCAGUUCAAGCUGAUCCAGAAUAACAAUAACAUAUGGAGACGGUUUUUCUCAUUGAAGUGGAACCCUAAUUUAAUCAUUGAUAGUAAACAAAAGAAGUUAGAAAGAUACUUGAAAAAAUUCGAGAAGAAUUUGAUAGUACAACAGGAUUUGGAAGAUCAUACGGGUGAAAAGAGCUCAAAACAAGCAUUUUUGGUUUUCAAGAAGGUUUCUUUCGCACAUAUAUUCGACCAGAUGCUAUUAUCAAGUAAAAGUUCAGAAAUGAGUGACGAUAAGGCAUUGGGUAUUAACCCAGAAGAUAUUGUAUGGUGCAAUAUAGAGGCAGUCGGUAGAGUGAUGAAAUUGUUCAGGGUAGCAGUUUCAAACUUUUUAAAUGUUACAAUUAUAAUUGGGUGGGUUGUUCCUGUGGCUAUUGUUGGUUUCGUCUCUCAAAUUCCGAUAAUUACAAAAAUUGUUCCUAUCUUAACCAGUUUAGAAGACCUUCCUGAGUACAUUUCCAAACCAUUAGCGAGUAUUGUUCCUGCUGUUACUUUGAUAUUCUUGACAGAAGGGGUACCUAUUUUCUUCAGAUGGUUUAGUGUUGUUAAAUGUUUACGGACGGGUGCACAAAUUGAAAUUGAUGUUCAGAAAUGGUUCUUUUCAUUCCUCUUUGUUCACAUAUUUUUAGUUGUGACCAUUUCUUCUGGUAUUUCGGUUGUCGUAGAAACCGUAGUAAACAGUCCAAUAAAUAUACCUCACCUUUUGGGUACAAAUUUGCCAAAAUGUUCAAACUUUUUCUGCUCAUUCGUUUUAAUUAGAGGAAUUGCAUAUUUUGGAGGUAAUUUACUACAGUUGAAGAACCUUUUAUUUUAUCUAGGCUACUAUAGGUGGGUAAAAAGAACGCCAAGGGAGAAAUUGGAGUACAUUUUGGAUAUUCCAGUGUAUCAAUGGGGCUCGCUAUACCCGAUAUUUUCGGUUUUAGCGAGUAUAUCUAUCAUUUAUUCUGUGAUAGCUCCAUUUAUAUUACCUUUAGCAAGUUUUUCCUUCAUUUUUGUUAUGUUUUCAUUCAAGUAUUCCUUGAAAUACCAAUAUGAUCAUAAGAACAAAUCUGAAACAUUGGGAAAGUUCUACCCUCAAGCUUUAAUGCAAUUGUACUCUGGGGUAUAUUUUCUUGAAGCAUGUUUGAUUGGAUUAUUUGCACUUGCAAAUUGCUUCAGAUUAUCAUUAUUCAUGUUUAUUUUCAUGAUAUUCACUGUAAGUGCACAUUUCCAAAUAUCAAAUUUCACAAAACCUAUAAUUGAUCAUCUUCCCGCCAGCUUAUCAUCCGAUGAGAUAACGCAGCCAAAGAAAGACUUUAGAUUGAACGAAUUAGAAUCAAUAUCUCAUAAAAUAUGGAUACCAUAUGAUAAAAGUGGAAUAUCAACAACUGAAGGAGAAAAGUGGCAAUCAAAAUACGAUAUGGAGUUUGUUCACGACAAUGCCUUUAUCAAUGAAAAUGGGAAAAUUGUGGUUAACAGUAAUCCAUAUGUUUAA